AUGUCGGAAGGAGAAACCCCGCUGGGUCAGGCCCUCCAACGUCUCGCCCACAUGCAGGAGACCACCACAGCAUUGCAGCGACAGCAGAGCGAGGCUCUGCUCGGGAUCGCCUCGAGCCAGCGCGAGGACCGGGCCCUCCUACGGGAGCUGCUGCAGCGUCCGGCCGCCCGGGAGGCCGAUCCCGCAACCAACCCGGCCCGACCGCCUUCGAUUGCCCGAACAUCUUCACUGGACAUGUCCUCUCAAGCUACAGAAGACAACUCCAAAACAGUGGAGGAUCUGAAGAAGCAACUGCAGGAGUUAAGAGUCCAGCGAGAGUUUUGCUUACAGCGGUUUGCUGGCUCCGACGACAACAUCCGAUUCUAUACCAGAUUCCCGAGCUAUAACCACCUGAUGGCCUUCUGGUCUUUGAUUGAGCCUUCAAUUCAUAAAAUGGUUCGUGUUACAAGAGCGAUAUCAGCUGCCAAGAGGAAUGAAGAAGUGGUUACACACGCACGUCCAUCAACGAGACUGCUGCUUCAGCCAAUUGACGAGUUCUUUCUUUUUCUAUGCUUCCUGUCGGUGGGUUUGAAAGAGAGGGACCUUGCAAACCGCUUCAACGUACACCAGUCCACUGUGAGCCGCAUCAUUGCAACAUGGACAAGUUUUCUUACAACUUUAUUGGGGUCACAGUGCAUCUGGCUUACACCUGCAGAAGUUCAAGCCCACCUCCCAGAGGCAUUCAAAGAUUUCCCAGACACACAGGUGAUCCUGGAUUGCACAGAGCUGAGGUGUCAAACACCAUCCUCACUCCUCCUCCAAAGUGAAAUGUAUUCUACAUACAAAUCUCACUGCACCAUGAAAGCCCUGGUUGGCAUAGCCCCACAUGGCGCAGUGACAUUUGUUUCCAGUCUGUAUGGUGGUUCUGUCAGCGACAAGGAGAUUUUCAAACAAUCUGGAAUAGCUGCGUUGUUGACUGAAAACAUGGCAGUGAUGGUAGAUAAGGGCUUCCUGAUCAGCGAUUGCUGCAAAUGCAAGGUGUACUGUCCACCUUUUCUGUCACAGCAGAAGCAAAUGCCAGCCUAUCAGGUGAGGGAGACACAGGCCAUUGCCAGACUGAGGGUUCAUGUGGAGCGUGUCAUUAGGAGGAUAAAAGAGAACAAGCUUUUUGAUGGUGUCAUCCUCCUGUCCCAUGCCUACAACAUCAACCAACUGUUUGCAGUAGCAUGUAUGCUGUCAAACUAUCAGAACAAAGCACUGGUCAAGAAAUGGGUGAAAUAAGACAAGAUGAUGACACCUGUGCAGGUAGCUGUGAUUAAGCUGGGUGAGCACACCGUAAUCCCGUGUUGCCUAACACACGCUAGUGUUUUGUUUGAAUAAAUGGUAAAUUGCAAA